ACAUGGACAGGGUAGCUUUACUCCGUUCACAGUUUGCUCACAAACCAAUGCUUUUGCGCCUUGCUUCUCCUUUCCCCCAAGGUACAUACAUACCCUACCGCCGCACGCCCUGGCCCUGCUUCUCGUCUCACUCAUAUAUAUCCCAUCCGGCCUCGACCGACCAUGCGCAGCUUUUUGCAACAAGUCCUCGGUGCCUGAAUACAAAGAGGCGUCCUGUCCUCUGACCUCGGAUACCAUUUCCAGCUUCUCCAUAUACUGUCCGCCGCUUACCACGCCUGUCAUCUCUUCUUCUCUCUUCCUCCGUCUGUACAACUUCGGACCUUCGAGACCGAGUCCCUCUCAAAGCCCAGCCCAACAACUCUCGCCACACUCGAAGAAGGGGAAAAAAGAAAAACCAGAGUGCACUACUGCACCUGACAAUUCUGUCGCCUCAUCACCCACCUGGCACACAUAUUCCCCGACUAGUACCUACCUGUCUAACCUCUGGGCUCCCACAACGCUGCUUCGACAACCUGUAUAAGGCCUUAGCACCACAGUCUUAGGUCGAGGUAUCAGCUCACUCAUAGCUCUGUGGACUCUCACAGCUUGCUGUUCAAGAUGUGCGAGUACACCAAAAAUUACUACAUAUACACAUCAUGCAUCGAUCCCGGUGCUCACUUCUUCCGAACCUCAAUGGAUGGCAACAGGAGUCGGGCUUGCUGCAAUGGGCCUCAUGAGCGAUACAUCGUUGUUCCUGGACACUGUCCCCUUUGCAGUGGCUAACCGACCUCGGCUCGACGAAACAGCCUCACGGGCUUCUCUCGCUUCACUCAUUCGUGUAUCGGAUCUGGCAAGCGGAUGUCUACAAGAAUCGCUGUAGUCCCCGAGCCCGCUUUGCUAGCACAGUACGCUGCUGUGGGCUGGUGUCGGCACUCGUGCCACCCCUGC